GAUAUUAUCAGCCGGCCGGGCCGCUGAUCAAAGAGUCUGGCGCUGAAGCGGACCGGACCCUCGCGAGGUACCACCCUCAGCCACACUACCACCACGCGCCACAUCCAUCGAUGCUGCAACAGUACGGGCCGCCGUACUACCCGGAGCUAUGCUACGGCCGGUACUACCGACCGCCGGGACCUUACCACAUGCCGCCUCCGCAACCAGACGCACCGAUGGUCGGCGUGGGAGGAGAGCCGUACCCACAAUAUUACGGCACACCACCUUGUUACCAACAUUCACCCCAAAGAAUUCCAUAUGUUGAAUAUCGCUGCCCAUGCCCAUUAAACGCGUGUCCAAAAAACGUCCUUAUUGGGCCCGCUACUGGUAAAGCCCCUACCGGUGGCGGCCCAGCGGACGUUCCUUCAGCCCUCGCACCGCCCGGGGGCGCCUUCAGACCGAAGGCACGGGCGUGCGUGCUUGACGCUGCUGCCGACACUCAUGGCAGCGGAAAGGAUCCGCCUUUGGAACCGGAGCCGCCAGCCGCGACAGACGCUCCCCACCCGUGUCCUCUCCCGGCAAUUGGCGGCGCUUCACCAAAACGCGAAUUAUACGACGUGCGCGACAACUUACGCAUCGCCGGUCCACCUGAAGCCCUGGGCCCUCCGUCGCCGGCGCGCGGUUCAGCAGGCGCGUGUGCACCCCAGCCGCCGCCCGUGGCGCCGCGACGAGCGCGCCUCGGCAAAGCUAUGGCGCGGCGUUCGCUUGCAGGCGACGACACGGGUCUACUCAUUGGAGCGCCACAGCCACCACUCGCACAACACAGUGACGCUGACGAUGAUGUCCUUGCUGUCUCCCCGCCUAUUUGCGUCCCCAUCGAUCUCUCUUCGUCCGAUGAGAGGUCUACACCUUUGGUUGACGUCAAAAAGGAAAAUGAAGGUCCCACAUACGCUUCGGCUCGUAAACCCGAAUCGCAGGCUCUCAGGGAACACAAUAACUGCACAAUGGUGUCUGAUAUACCAGUAAUCCCUGAUGCCGCGAAAGCAGUCAAGCGACGGUACUCAAAACCAAAACUAGAAAUCGAUAUGAAGGACACUCAACUUGAAGAUGGAUGCAAAACAAAUGGCAUCGGGGAGCACGUAAAACUACAAAAACGGAGAAAAGUUUCCGGAGACCAGAGUGACGCACCGCGGAUAGAAACUAUUACAAAAGAACCUAAGAAAAAGUCGUCGCAAACAAAAAGGGGGCCUAAACCUAAUUCUGAGAAAAAAUGUGCUAAAAGGAAAUUGGAGAGAUCAGCAAGUGGCCCGCGGUCAAAGAAGAUGUUAAUUGAACCGAAGUGCGAAGAAGAUUCGCGGAUGAAAAAUGUAACGGCGGCAAUUGAAGAACGACCAGCUACCAAACCAAAAACCAAAAGCGCUCUAUUGCUCGACAACCUCAUGAGGAAAAAUAGUAUCGAUAGAGCCGAUGCUAAAGGUUACGCGUCGGAUACAGAAUUGGAUCCGGCUGAAUUGUUUUUAUCUCCGAAAGAAAACAUUUCCCAGAAUUGCAGUAAGAAGACGCUUAAUAUUAACAACAAUAUCGUAGAAAAUGCGAUACCCAUGAAUGGCGUCCGAUCGAAUACGAUCGCAGCAGUAAGCCAACUAAUAGAGAAAAAGUUGGCCUAUAAGAAUGCUUGUAAAGUCGAAAAAGUAGACUCAAAAGUCAGUCACAGUAUGAAAUCAGUAUUAAAAACACCCACCGCAAAGUGUGGCCAUAAUGAGGAUAGAAAAGUGUUAGGAAUUUGUGAAACUAGUAGCGACAAGCAAGCAAACAAAAUGUCUACCGAGACUGAAGUUACUAAACCUGCAGAAAUCAAAGAGCAGAAUGAAAUAACGAAUAUCAGUGUCGUUGACCAUUCCGUGGAUAAUCAAAAAUGUGAUACCGAAUCAUCUGCGAACAUUACUAAACCGAAAACUAAUUUAGAACCUGAAGUCACACCUGUAAACGAAAUAGCCUCUGAUGAAUCUCAACAGAAUACUAAACCUACUACAGACAAACAGGACGAGAAAAAAGAGACAGAAUGUACAAGGCACGACAGGUCGGCUGUAAAACGGUGUAAAUUAGCUAACGGUGAGAUGAAAGCUAAGAAUGUUGAAAAAGUAGUUAAGUUACUUGUAUCCAAAAGGCCAGCGAUAAAGACCGACGAGGCGACAUUGGUCGUAGAAGAAGCUUGCGCAUCUCCCACUCCGACCGGCAACUGCAGGGGACGUGCCAGACGGAGGGGGGCCGGAGGGAGGAGAGGACGCCGCCCCCGCUCUCCUCCAAUACCUCUCGACCUCGAGCCCAGGGCUCCUCCACGCUGGAGCAACGGUUGGAAAUGGGACGGCGAGCAUUACUUGUCAAAAGUCUACCUCAACAAUGAUUCGCGGCUGGACCGCACGGCGCGGUGCUGGGCGCGCAUGUGGCACGCCAGCGGCGACAGCGUGGCGCGCGGCGACUGCGUGCUGCUGCGGGCCUCCGUCGCACGCGCGCAGCCCUUCGUCGCCAGGGUCGCCAGCCUCUGGGAGAACCCCGAUGACGGCGAGAUGAUGGUGUCGCUGGUGUGGUACUACCGGCCGGAGCACACAGAGCGCGGCCGCCAGCCGGCCGACGCACCCGACGAAGUGUUCGCGUCCAGGCACCGUGACGCCAAUUCCGUCGCCUGCAUCGAGGACAAGUGCUACGUGCUAACCUUCAACGAGUACUGCCGGUACAGGAAACGGCUAAAAGCAGCUGAGGAGGGGAUCACGAUCACUCCGUCGAUUGUGCCGCCGCUGCCUGCGAGCGAAAUGAACCCUGCAUUCGCGCCAAACGACUCCAAACUGCCGCCUUCGGUGUCGCCCGAGCUGGUGCUCUUCUGUCGCAAGAUAUACGACUUCAGAUCUAAGAAGAUACACGUGCCGAACAAAUGAACUCUUUAUAUACGUGUACGUUUGGGUAUAAUUCGUAAGUGUGUCGAAUCGUGUAAUGGAUUAUUGUCCUGCACAAUGGAUGGACGAAAUGUUUAAAAACAUUUUACAACAUAAGGAAAGUGACACCAAAGUUACGUUAGGCGACUCAUUUUGCCGGCGGUAGGUCGCGCGCGCCACUCCUUCGUCCCGCGCCGACUGAAGCGGCGCCAGACAUGCGGACGUUACGGUGUCACACGUGGCCGUAACACCUCAUCUCAAAAUCAUAAUAUAUUAGUACAAAGAUAGUGCGUUUCCGAGUUCAAAUACGUGACAUGUAAAGCGAUUUAAUGCGAAAUUAACUACUUACGUAAUCGUUGUGUUUAGUAUUCGCCGAUAUGUCACUUUUUUUGCUCGUGCGUGAUUUGUGGUAGAUGAUUUCCUUUCAUAUGAAUAUUUUACAGUAAUUUGCUGUAGAUGAUUGAUUUUGUAUUGUAUCAAAAGAUGCCUUUUAUAAAGUGUAAGUAGAUUUAAGAAAAUAAUAAUUGUAUGGAAAUGCAUAAUUAUUAUGUAUAACAAUAUAUUUUACUUUGCUUCGGAGUAAUGUGCGCGAGUGUUCUGAUGAUGCAAGUGUCCGUGUGUUAGCGAGCGAGGUGUGUGCGAGACUGAGAUGCUGACUCAAACCCCGUGUGGACUGUGGCCGCCGUCAUUUAGAUCCGUAUUCAGUUUAUAUUUGGCUACGUGAAAUAGAAAAGGCAUUUAUUAUUACAAUUAUUUUUAAUUAAUUGUUACAUUGUUGUCGAACUAGAGUCUAUAUUAAAUUAUUCUUUUAUUAUUUAAGGGCAAACAUUUGUGCGAAAGCAAACUUCAGGCUUCCGUCGAGUGCUCGGUUUGUAGCAAUGCAAAUCACAAACAUCACGGUAUAACUGUGCAGGUUACAUCAUAGUGCUUAUAGUAAUAAGUGCGAAAAACUCCUUUUAAUUCAUAUAAAAGUGAAAUUACGAUUGUUUAAAACAAUUAAGUUUAUUUUAUACCCCGCAGUCAUUUUAAACAUCACAAUACUUAUGAUUUAUUUCAAUUUUAAGACACCUCUUAGCUAUGUUUACAAAGAGUGUAAUAUUCAUGCAAUGUUGCGGACAGUAGACUUUUUACCAUUUUAAUUGUAUAGAGUAUAACACUAUUAAGAUAAUAACUUUUACCCUUCCUCCAAAGGAAUUGAUUUAAUUAUUGCAUUUCGGCCUUUAAAACGUUAGGCAAUGACAUUCUUAUUUUUAAAGAACUGUCUCUCAAUAUGUUCAGGAAGACUGAUUUUCCAAAAUUGAUGCGUAAUUUAUUGUAAUUAUUUCAGUUUUUUUCUUUACCAUAUGGACAACUUUCAAAACCAUGAAUUUUUCAGAUCAUAACAGUCAACAAAUAUUAAAAUUAUUGAAAAAAAUAACAAAUGGGAACAUUGUAACAUAUUUUUAACAUAAUACUAGAACAUAGAUGUAAAGAAAAACACGUGUGUAAAAUGAGAAGAGAUAUAUUGUAAGAUUUAAAUAGUGAAAUCUCUUUAUCAUUAGAUACAUAAUUUUAAGUAGUGUGGAUUAAUAAAAUGAAGAAUCUAUAUUUAACGUUAUAUUUCCAUUGUGGAAUAUUGUAAAGGGCAUUUAUAUGUUUGCAAUUUGUGUACUACCAUUGUCUCUUCACUAUUUCCUACAAUGUAUCUCUGGGUUAUGUUGGAUACUACUCAGUUGAAAUGUUGAUUUUCGUUGUACAUACUCUAUGAAUUUAUUUUUAGUACUCGGUUAAUUGUUACUUUUCCAGUGGGAUGCGAUCGUUGACAAGUGAUUUGUUUAAUAGCCGUCUCUAACAUCUCUUCUGAACCCUCCUUGGUGAUGAUUCUCACAUUUGGCUAUAAAAGAAUGAUCGUGAUAUAUAGGAUGUUUUUUGAAAGCGUUAUUGCUAAUGUAACUGUGAUAUGAGUUUGAUGAUUGCAUAAGCAAAUUGUGAAUGAUCAUUUUUUAUAUUAUUAUAUACCUACAAAAUCAAAAUCUCUAAUCAAGAAAUCGAAUCACUGGCAAUGUGACAAUAUUAUGGUGUAUGAAAUUCAAUUUGCUUGUGACUUAGAAGUGUAGUAGUAAAUUGUGAGAAUUAUACAAGGAAGUAUACAGCUGCAUAAGACAUUGUAAAUACCUGCCUAGUGCCUACCUGUCUGACUAUCAAAUUGUCUACUAUCCAUCACACUCACUGGUAUCUAUUCCAAAGCUUUUUCUUUAUCUGUUUUCUUUCUAUUUGCUUGAUGCCAAAAAUUAACUGCAAAAUAUUCUUAAUCAAAUUCCGUAACGAUAUUGUAAUACAAGCCCCUUUCUAUUUAGGUUAUACUGAUAGUGUGCAGUUAAGCGCUUGAACAUGUUUUUGAAAUGCGUUUCAAGUGGAAUGCUCGAUUUGUUAUUACUAAUGAGAAAUUAAUAAAAUAUGUAAAUGAAUACUUGCACCGUGAUAAUGAUACAUUUUACAAUGUGUUGAAUCGUUAUUGAUUGUUAACUUUUGGUUUGGAAUACAUGGAUCUUGUCAUAUUCAUAAUCCUUGAAACGGUCUAUUUUAAAAGUCACGCGCUAAUUGCACCACUAUUGUUACUCAUUAUUAAUUAAAUAUAGAUUUAAUGAGUAAAUUCCAUAAUAAUACUAUUACUAUAAGUGAGCUCUCCCUUGCUUGUAGAUGGAUUGUUUUAAAGAUGUUACCUGGUAUUCCGCGUUUGCAACCUUUAUAUAGUCAAUGAUUUUAGUAUUAGGUAUUAUGAAUAAGGAAAAAUACCUUGUUUUUAUUAUUUAUUUUGUUUCAAUAAAAUUAUAUAGGUAUAUUUUUAUUAUUGUAACCUACAUAGUUAUGUUGGCUGUAAUUUAAUAUGGAUGUAAUUAAUAUAUGUAUUUUUAUUUCAAA